GCGGGGUGAUACGGUGUGGUGUUCUCAACGGUGCAGCGCCACCUUGUGGAUGUGUAAGGAAUUGUCAGGAAGUGACGUCAUGAGAUCCUGCGCGGGGUAAACGGGACUCAAGGGGCAAGAUGGCGGCGUCCAGCCGAGGCUGAUUAGUGCUGAGAGGAGAGAUCAGUGCGGUAAGGACGAUGCAGGAGGCGUCGGAGGACGGCGAGGAGAAGGUGACCUCCAAGAUGGAGUCCCUGGCAGUGAAGGAAGGAGAAGACGAGGAGGAGGAAGAAGAGGAGGAGGGGACGCGAGAGGUGGAAGAGGAGGAGGAGGGUCAAAAAGAGGAGGAAGGAGAGAAAGGAGAAGGGGAGGAGGAGGAUGACGAUGGAGAUCAGCGGCGCCAGGAUGACGACAACGAGGAGGAGGAGGACGAUGAGGACUGGUGCAUCCAGUGCAGCGACGACGACCUGGACGAGACGGAAGGAUGGGAGCCGGGGCCGGAGGUGAUAAAGCGUCUGUACGAGCUGAUCGCCAGCGAGGGAACGCUGCCCCUACAGGUGGACAUCCUGCUGCGCCGGCCGCCCACCCCCGAGCCGGACUCCCUGGACGAGGAGUCAGACCAGGAGCAGGAGGAAGAGGAGGAGGAGGAGCACUCGCCUCCGGCACCCACAGAGUUCGAUUUCGAUGAUGAACCCAUCACUCCGAAAAACUCUUUAAUUGACAGAAGGCGAACGCCAGCCCGCAGUCAGAAGCGAGAGGCGCGGCUGGACAAGGUCCUCUCCGACAUGAAGCGCCACAAGAAGAUCGAGGAGCAGAUCCUGAAGACCGGGCGCGACCUGUUCGACAUGGACCCGGACUCCGUGCCUACCCCGAAACGCUCGUCCGCCAUUUUCCCCCGCCAGCGGAAGUACUAACCAUCAUGAAUAUAUAAUGUAUUGUGACUGAACGGCGCCGCCCUUAGCGCAAAUUCUGGAUGUAAAUAUCAAUGUGUGAGACACCUAGUGGACAUUUCCAUGUACUGCACUCAGGUGACACGUUCUCCGCAAUUCACACGUCACCACACACUGAACCGCCGCUCCGGAGGCUUAAUGUCGUUAACUAUUUCAUGUUCACUUACAUUUCGUACAGUCUGUUCUCCACUGCAUGUAAAAGUGAGGAGGACCCCAGCGCCACGACUGCUGAGGAUGCCUGGGUCUUGUAGUGCAGCUGCAGAGAGCGCCCCCCAGUGACUGUAUCCCUCCCGUUCUCUCCUUCUUGUCCUGUGUAAAUAAAACCUUUUUGUUUUUUGUCUCCUUUAA